AUGAUCACUACCACCUAUCGACUGCUCGCUGUCCCCAUCUUCCUGUGGCUCCAACUACUCCCCAACAUACAUGCGAGCAACGCAGCAGGAACCACAGUCAUAGUCACAGUAACACCCACAAUCCCCCAUCCAGCCUCCUACACUUCCCCCGAGAUAUUCAAAGAGGCAGUCCUCUCAACCAGCAACGCUUACCGGCGCGACCACAACGCAAGCCAACUAACCUGGAACGAGACGCUAACAAAAUACGCCAAAUACUGGGCAGAGGGAUGCAAAUGGAAGCAUUCAGGCGGCCCGUACGGCGAGAACCUCGCCUUCGGCUACCAGGACCCAGCAGCAGCCGUCACGGCCUGGGGCGACGAAGGCCAGAAAUACAACUACAAGUUACCGACGGGAUUCAGCGAGGAAACGGGGCACUUCACGCAGUUGGUCUGGAGGGCGACGAGGGAGGUCGGGUGCGCGGCAUUCAAUUGCGGGUAUCAAGAUGUGAGCGAUGCGAAGGAUAAAGAUGGUCGGUAUACGAGGGCGCAGGGCUGGUAUGUGGUGUGUGAGUACUCGCCUGCGGGGAACGUGGUUGGAAACCAAAAUGCCUUCUUCAGGGUGAAUGUGCAGUCGGCGAGUACGUAUUCUGGGCCGGAGACGACGGGAUCUGCCACUGGGACCAGUGCGGGUGCAACGGCAACGGCAACCAGUGGUGUCGAGGAACUGUAUGAUGGGCGGCUGAGAGACCAAUAUCAGAAUGCUUUUGUUGGGCUCAUUGUUUUUAUGAAUUUAGUAUGA